GCAUAAAAUGAUACAAACCUAGUAAAUUGAAUUUCUCUCCUUCCUCUUCGAUCUCUUCCAUCUUUAUUUCAUUCAGGCUAGGCUAUGAGUUCUUGAGCUUUCCAUCUCAAAUGAUGGGGUUUGAGCAAUAAUAUAUACAAAUAGGCCGGAAUUUCCUAGCUAGUACGUAGUAAUGGAUACUGUAAAGGGUAAGUGCAAGAAGAAUCUGAUUUUCAAGGCAUGGGAGCGAUGCCGAUCAGUAAGCGCUAGACGCAACACAACAUCGCCCGAGGACGACAACAAGAGCCAAGAGAAGUCCCAAGUAGCUCCCGAAGGUUGUUUCCCAGUCUACGUCGGACCUCAAAGACAACGAUUCGUGGUGAAGGUGAAGUUCGCUAAUCAUCCUUUGUUCGUGACGCUGCUGGAGGACGCUGAAUCGGAAUACGGGUACAACAGUGAAGGCCCUAUCUUGCUCCCUUGUGACGUUGAUUUAUUUCACAAAGUGUUGGCGGAGAUGGACGGCAGCGAGGACAUGAUCGGUACUCCUGGUUGCGGCUUUGCUAAAGGUUAUGGCUCUUUGAUAUUCCCACGCAGUCCAGCUCGUAGUCCCAAUUUUAGCAUUAGCAAGGGCGGCCAUGGUGCCUAUAUAUAGGAUUCUCAGAUCUCCAUUGCAGAGGAUAUCGAUGACUCAACUCUAAUUAAGGAUUCGUAAGAUCGAUCAUUUAAUCCAGCUAGCUAGCUUUCCUUGUGCAGCUGUGCUCUUAUGGUAUAUAUCCAAGUCCAACUUAUCUGUUAUAUACUUGUAUAUAUAUAAGUAAUAAUAUAGAAAAAGAAGUAAAAAAAAAAAAAGGUACUACUCAAGCUUUCUGUGA